AUGUUAUCAUUAAAUAAAUUAUUAUUUAGACAAUCAUUGUUGAACAAUGGAUAUGGAAUUAGAUUUAUGUCGGUUGUUGUCGAUGCCAGCAAGGUGGUGACACCGAUCAAUAAGGUGUUGAUUGCCAAUCGUGGUGAGAUUGCUUGUCGUGUUAUGCGUACUGCAAAGAAGCGUGGUGUAAAGACGGUCGCUGUCUAUUCAGAGGCCGAUCGUAACUCUAUGCAUGUCGCCAUGGCCGACGAGGCGUAUCUCAUUGGUCCGGCCGCCGCCAAAGACUCGUACUUGCGUUCCGACAAGAUUCUCGAGGUUGCCAAGCGCACCGGAGCACAAGCCAUUCAUCCGGGUUACGGUUUCCUCUCUGAGAACGCCGGAUUCGCCGAUCUCUGCGAGAAGGAAGGAAUCAUUUUCAUUGGACCACCUUCGUCCGCCAUUUUGGCUAUGGGUAGCAAGUCCGCCUCGAAAGACAUUAUGAUUCGCGCCAACGUUCCAACCAUUCCCGGUUACCACGGUGAGGAUCAAGAGUUCGAAACACUGCGAUCCGAGGCCGAAAAGAUUGGAUAUCCCGUGCUCAUCAAAGCGGUUAUGGGUGGUGGUGGAAAAGGUAUGCGUAUUGUAGAGCGUCCCGAAGACUUGGAGGAUGGAAUCAAUUCGUCAAAGCGUGAAUCGAAAGCUUCGUUUGGCGACGACAGAGUGUUGGUCGAGAAAUAUCUUGUGCAUCCACGUCAUGUGGAGAUCCAGGUGUUUGCCGAUCGCCACGGAAAUUGUGUACAUUUGUUUGAGCGUGAUUGCUCGGUGCAACGUCGUCACCAAAAGAUCAUUGAAGAGGCGCCAGCUCCCCACUUGUCGGAGGAGUUGCGUAAGAAGAUGGGAGAUGCCGCCGUGGCCGCUGCCAAGGCUGUCGGUUACGUCGGUGCCGGUACCGUUGAAUUCAUUCUCUCGCAGGACGGCAGCUUCUAUUUCAUGGAGAUGAACACUCGUUUGCAAGUGGAGCAUCCAAUCACUGAGAUGAUCACCAAGCAGGAUUUGGUAGAGUGGCAACUAAAGGUAGCGGAAUCACAACCACUCCCACUCGGUCAAAACCAAUUGGCCAUUCACGGACACGCCUUUGAAGCACGUAUCUACGCAGAGAAUCCAGACAGCGACUUUAUGCCAGGAACAGGUAAACUCUUACAUCUCUCAACUCCAGAGCCAUCCUCAACUCUCCGUGUUGAAACCGGUGUACGUCAAGGUGAUGAAGUCAGUGUUUACUACGAUCCAAUGAUUGCAAAAUUAGUUGUCUGGGAUACAAACAGAGAGAAAGCACUUAGAUAUUUAAGAAAUGCACUCGAUGAAUAUCACAUUGUAGGAUUGAAUACAAAUAUUUCAUUUUUGAAACGUUUAUCAUCACAUCCAGCUUUCCAAAAAGGAGAAGUUGAAACUGGUUUCAUUCCAAUUCAUCGUGAAUCACUUAUGGCACCACAAAAAGCCAUGUCAAACGACACCUUGUGUCUUGCCGUUUUAUCAAUGAUUCUCAGUGAGAAUGCACUCAACAAGAGUCUGAACGGUGUCAAUGGUGGUGUCAUUCUCUCACCAUGGAGUGCCAGCAACGCUUUCAGAGUAAACAAUGUAGCGGAACGUGUAAUUAAAUUCAAUGUAAAGGAUCAAAAGAUUCAAGUGCCAGUCACCUACAAUAAAGAUAACAGCUACACAAUGACAAUGCCAAACGGCGAAAAGCUGACUGUCAGUGGAUCACACCUGGACGCCGCCGACCAAACUCUGCUCAAGGCAUACGUUGCCGAUCGUUUCUACCCGUCGGUGCGUGCCGUCAAAGCCAAGAACUCGCUGUUUGUCUUCAACGACAGCCAAUCGUACGAACUGGAGUUGCCAAUCGAAGUCACAUCGAAGGGUGGUGACGCCGCCUCUGGUUCACUGCUCUCGCCAAUGCCAGGAAAGAUCACCAAGAUCAUGGUGGCAGUCGGUGACAAAGUAAAGAAGGGACAACCAAUCAUUUUAAUGGAGGCAAUGAAGAUGGAACACACCAUCCGUGCUCCACAAGACGGAAAAGUAGAAUCACUGCCAUUCAACGUCAAUGAAAUCGUUGAAGAUAAAAAAGUUUUGGCAACCAUUGUUUAA